AUGGCUAUUGGCAGAGUGACGCUAGGCUUCCUGGGCCUGUUCUUCACGGCCUCAGCCCUCCUAUUGAUGUUCCUCACUCUCCUGGGAGGAGCAAGAAACUCGAUCCCUCUGAAUGAGAUCUAUCUGCUCCAAGUGGACACCAGCAAUAUUCCUGGGGCCCCUGCGUUGUCGCGAUGGACCUUCUGGAAUAUCUGCGCAGUCAACGAUAAUGGGAAGAGCGAGUGUGGCACAUCCUAUCCUGACUUCCCAUUUGACCCUCCCAGUCAUCGCAACUUCGGUACUACCACCAACAUCCCUCCAGCAUUCAUCGGGACGAGCCAUUACUUCCUGACUUCGCGAUUCUCCUGGCCCUUCCUCAUCAUCGCCUUGUUCUUCGCCGUUGUCUCGUUAUUCACCGGUUUCCUGGCGAUGUGCACUCGUAUUGGAAGCUACAUUUCCUCCCUCAUGGCAUGGAUCGCUCUGGUUUUCCAGAUCAUCGCUACCUGUCUCAUGACGGCUGUUUUCGUCCAAGGCCGCAACAAGUUCAACGCCAAUGGCCAGUCCGCUCGCCUUGGUGUGAAAUCUUUCGCCUUCAUGUGGACUUCGGUCGCCUUACUGAUCAUCUCCUGCGUGUUGUACUGCAUGGGCGGUGCUGUUGGCGGCAGAAAGGAAGGUUACAGUGGCCGUGAACACCGCCGCCGUGGUUUCUUCCCUUCCCAGCGAUCCGCCAGUGUGAGAAGCGGCAACAAGGAAGCGAACCCAUAA